UUGCGCUAGCGCGGGUGAGGCACGCCGGGAGGCCGACUUUGACAGUCCCCGGGCGUGGUGGGCUCGGCUGAGCGGUUCCGUCGUCCCUGCAAGUCCGCCAAGUUUCAGGCCACCUCUGCCUAGCGGCUUGGGCAGGAUGCGGCUGGGCUCCGGGGCCUUCGCUGCCAGCUGCGUAGCGAUUGAGGUGAUCGGGGUCGCGAUAUUUAUUCGGGGAUUCUUCCCGGCUCCUGUUCGUUCUGCUGCCAGACCGGAGCCCGGUGUAGAAACCCCGGCGCCCGAACCCAUAGCAGGAGCCAGCUCGAACUGGACCAAGCUGCCAUCACCUCUCUUCAAUAAAGUUGUUAUUAUGCUGAUAGAUGCCUUAAGAGAUGAUUUUGUGUUUGGGUCAAAAGGUGUGAAGUACAUGCCCUACACAACUUACCUGGUAGAAAAAGGAGCAUCUCAUAGUUUUGUGGCUGAGGCAAAGCCACCCACAGUUACUAUGCCUCGAAUCAAGGCGUUGAUGACAGGGAGUGUCCCUGGCUUUGUUGAUGUCAUCAGGAACCUCAAUUCUCCCGUGCUCCUAGAAGACAAUGUGAUAAGGCAGGCAAAAGCCGCUGGGAAAAGAAUGAUCUUCUAUGGAGAUGAAACAUGGCUUAAAUUAUUCCCAAAGCAUUUUGUGGAAUAUGACGGAACGACAUCAUUCUUUGUGUCAGAUUAUAUAGAGGUGGAUAAUAACGUCACAAGACAUUUGGAUAAAGUAUUAAAAAGAGGAGACUGGGAUGUGUUAAUCCUUCACUAUCUGGGGCUGGAUCACAUUGGCCACAUUUCUGGGCCUAACAGCCCCCUGAUUGGUCACAAGCUCAGCGAAAUGGACAGUAUCCUGAUGAAGAUUCACACGUCACUGUUGUCGAAGGAGAGAGAGACUCUCUCACCCAGUUUGCUGGUUGUCUGUGGUGACCAUGGGAUGUCUGAAACAGGGAGCCACGGGGCCUCUUCCACGGAGGAAGUAAGCACACCUCUGAUCUUAGUCAGCUCUGCAUUUGAAAGGAAACCUGGGGAUAUUCGACACCCAAAGCAUGUCCAGCAGACUGACUUGGCUGCAACACUAGCAAUAGGCCUUGGUUUGCCGAUUCCUAAAGACAGUGUAGGGCACCUCUUAUUUCCAGUUAUAGAAGGAAAACCAAUGAGAGAGCAACUGAGAUUUUUACACUUAAACACAUUACAGCUUAGCAAACUAUUGCAAGAAAAUGUACCAUCUUAUGAAAAAGAUCCUGGAUUUGAGCAGUUUAAAAUGGCAGAAAGGUUGCAUGGAAACUGGGUCAAACUGCACUUGGAAGAAAACCAUUCAGACAUUCUGCUUGGCCUGGGGACCAAAGUACUCAGGCAAUACCUGGGUGCCCUGAAGACCCUGAGUCUGUCUCUGAGCACACAAGUGGCUCACUAUGACAUCUACUCCAUGGCAGUAGGGACUAUCGUGGUCUUGGAGGUUCUCACCCUGUUCCUCCUUAGCACUCCGCAUGUGCUGUGCAGAAAGGCUGAACUGGAUGUUCCUCUGUUGUCACCUGUGUUUUCUCUGCUCUUUUAUUUGAUAUUUCUGGUUCUUUCGGCCAUCCAUGUCCUGGUAUGCACCUCAUCCGAGAGCUCAUGCUACCUCUGCAGCCUCCCGUGGCUGGCAGCAGGAGGUGUGAUGGCGCUUGUUUCUGCGCUGCUCUGUGUAGUUUUGUCUGCUCUUAUCAGGAUGGUCGUUGACGGCACUCUGCUGAAGAAGAGAGCAGCUCAUCCCGGCUCAGGGUGGUCAGAGGUGGGCCUCCUCCUUCUUCUGGGCACAGUGGGCCAUGUUCUGAGCCUGGGAGCCAGCAGCUUUGUGGAGGAAGAGCACCAGACCUGGUACUUCCUUGUUAGCACCCUGUGUCUGGUGCUGAGCCAGGAAACCUGUAGGAGUUGCUUUGUGGGAGAUGAGUGUGAGCCUCAGCAUCGCUUCCACGUGAAACAAGGAUGUGUGGACAUGCUUCCCGGCACCUGGCAGGACAGUGCAAGCUAUAAUACCCCUGAGCCUGGCAGGACUGGUAAAACGGUCUCCCUUCCUGAAGCACAAGGAAGCUGCAAAUGGUGGGCAGUGCUGGCUAGUCCAUGGCUGGUGCUGAUCUGCUGCCGGCUGCUGAGGUCCUUGAACCAGACCGGGGUGCAGGGAGCCCACAGGCCUGACUUCAGCCACUGGCUCACCAGCUCUGACCACAAAGUACAACUGUCAGGCCUGGCUGCCCUUUCUCUGAUUGUGAUCUUCAUGUUGGUUCAAAAGGGGUGCUCCCCUGUAUCCAAGGCAGCCUUAGCGCUGGGGCUGCUGGGUGUCUUCUGCUACAGGGCAGCCAUUGGGAUUGUGCUGUUCCCAUGGCAACCAGACAACAAAGUCAUUUCGAAGGGUAUUAUUGAAGCUCGUUUUGUUUAUGUAUUUGUCCUUGGCAUUCUGUUCACGGGUACCAAAGAUUUACUUAAAGCACAAGUCAUUGCAACAGACUACAGAACCAAGACGAUAGGUUUGUGGGAGAUACAUAGUGGAUUAGUCCUUCUGGCAGCUUUGCUUUUGCGACCACAUAAUCUUCCAGUGUUAGCAUUUAGUCUCUUGAUUCAGACUAUAAUGAGUAAGUUCAUCUGGAAGCCCCUGAGAAGCGAUGCAGCCGAGAUCACUGUAAUGCAUUAUUGGUUUGGUCAAGCAUUCUUCUAUUUUCAGGGCAACUCAAACAACAUUGCCACCAUUGACAUUUCAGCAGGCUUUGUGGGCUUAGAUACCUACAUGGAAGUUCCAGCCACUUUCCUCACUGUGUUUGGAACCUAUGUCGGGCCUGUGCUCUGGGCCAGUCACCUUGUGCACUUCCUGAGCUCAGAAGCAAACAAUGGUUCAGCACUGAGCCGUGCUUGCUUCUGCUAUGCGCUGAUUGGUUCCGUUCCAGUGGCCACAUACAUCGUUAUGGUGACAUCUCUGCGCUAUCACCUGUUCAUAUGGAGUGUCUUUUCUCCAAAGCUUCUCUAUGAAGGAAUGCAUCUGCUCAUCACGGCUGCCCUUUGCGCAGUAUUCACUGCCACAAGCCACACUCGCCACACGAGGGCUUAGGCGGAGACGGAUACUUGGAGCUGAUGUACUUUACAGUCACUGUUGGUACCGUGGAUUUGAACAUUGGAACUGCCUCCAUUCAAGAUCAUUCUGAGGGGGUGAGGGAAAGAUGUGAAGCCUAUGAAAUUAGUGCGCAACUUAACUUUACUUUGAUUGAAAUUAAGUAGUAGAUUAAUAAAGGGCCACUUUAAGUACUUAAAUAUCACACUUUCCCUCUUGACAAUCACUCUGAGAUUUCUGACAUUUUAAUUUCCUCUCGGUGGAUUGUGACUAUAUAUGUUUAGAUGGAUGGAAACAAGGGUUCUGGACCACGUCAGAGAGCCCAGAAGUCCUGUGGGAAGAGGUGUGCCUGCUACAGAGGCUGUGACCAAAGAUCUCACACUCCUAAGAGCUCUUAGAUCAGAGGUCCCCAAAAUACUUAUGUGGGUUAUGUUUAUUAAUGUUGAAAAAUUUGAAAUGAAAACUAAAUAACUUUU